AGCGCUUCCUGCGCGCCCCGUUUAAACCCAGGGCGCAGGCGCAUCGGCUGGGAUGUGGCGGCGGCUCUGGGCCGGUGCUGCAGUGGCCCGCACGGUGAGGGCUUCCCUGGGGGGCUAGGGGAACCCCGGCUCCGACACCCGCCCCGCUUCUGUCUCUUGCUUCUUGCUGUGACCUCUGACAGCCCUGGCCGGGGAAGGAGGAAGCGACGUGCCUUCAGCCUGCCUGGCCCCCCCAAGAAGCGGAGAUGGAGGCUCCCAAGAAGGAAGACAUUCUUCUGUUGGCUGAUGAAAAGUUUGACUUCGACCUUUCGUUGUCUUCUUCAAGUGCCAAUGAAGAGGAUGAAGUCUUUUUUGGACCAGUUGGCCAUAAAGAAAGGUGUAUUGCUGCCAGCUUAGAAUUAAAUAAUCAGCUUCCCGAAGAACCUCCUUUGCCAGCUUCUGAAAGACACUUCACCUGGAGUCCGCUUACGGGGGAAAAGUUUGUGGAAGUUUAUAAAGAAGCUCACUUACUGGCCUUCCAGAUACAAAGCAACGGCAGAACCAAGGCGGCCCCGGCUGCCCAGCCCGCAGACCCCGGGAGCCAGGGAGUGGAAGGGUUCAUACAGGAGUCUAAACUCAAAAUAAACCUCUUCGAUAGAGAAAAUGAAGCGAAGAAAAGCCCCAAGUCACUUAAGCGGGAGACAUACUGCCUGUCGGAUGACCUCUGGAGGGCACCGCUGCUCCGGGGCACUCAGCCCGCCUCUAGCGCAGCCCCACCGGCCGCUCCUGCCCAGACCAGCUGCCCCGAGACCUCGGGGCCGCUGCCCACCUCAUGCCCUUCCCUGCCAGCAGAGUCCAGUGCUGCUCAGCCUCCGAACCAGGCCGGGGCUCCGAAGAAGGUCACCAGCAAGUUGCUGCCGCCCCGAACCUCGUCCCUUCGAGGAAAGAGCCUUCACUCGACCGUGGAGAAGCCCACGAGACAGAAACCAGCUAGUCCUCCCAGGAUGAAAGUCCAAAACGAAAAGGACGCCCACAGCAGCAUGCCCCCGGACAAGCUCAGCACCACCCGGGACGCCGCCGGUAUAGCCGCUGGAAGCCACUUGGUCCCAGGCAAGCGGUCGCUCCCUGUUCCAAACAAGUCCGGGCCGAAGAAAACCAUGCUGAAACCUCCUGGGGGCGCUGGCGGCCUGGCAGGAAGGGCCUCGUCAGGGUCCGUCUUGGGCCUGAGCUCCGCUGCCUGUGCUUCUCCCGUGACCGGCAGAGCUGAACCAAGUGAACGUCCAGCCAUCUCUGUGGACAGUGCCCGGUCAAGCUCCAGCCAGACAGGCAGAAUGGGGCUCACCCUGCCACGGCCGUCCCUGAAGGCGGGCCCCAGGGGCGUGGCCUGCAGGCAAAGCCAGAGGCCAGGGGCUGCGGAGUGGGCAGCGGAGCAGCCCAGGGGGCCUCCCAGAGCAUCUCUCCCCCAGCCCCAGACCCCGGAACAGGGAGGCCCUGGGCCGAGCUCUCAUUGUGGUUUGUCACAGUCUUCUCAAAGGGAUAAGACCGGGAGUACAAGAAGGCGCGAUUCCUGCCUAAACUCCAAGACAAAGGCUGUGCCUACCCCUACGAAUCAAUUUAAAAUUCCCAGGUUUUCUACUGGUGAGCCCCCAGCCGGUGCGACGCCAAAGUCCUGUCGGGCACAGCGGCCACAGUCCUGCACAUCGGUGGGGAGGGUGGCCCACAGCACUCCCAUGAGGUGGUCCUCAGCCACACAGAGCCUUGUCAGCAGCGUGAGGACCCCCGUGAGCACGAGGCGCCUGUCAGCCCUGCCCACGCCUGCUGGCCGCCGGCUCUCCAGCCUCCCUCUGGCAACCCCCACAACUGUGCCCAGGCUUCUGGCUUCUCCCCUGCCUGCAUCUGCUCGGCGACUCUCUUCUGAGCCCCAGAAAAAAUCCAUGUUGAGAACUUUGCCCGCCAGGGAGGGCGAUGGCCAGCCUGUAUCCAGGCGCCCCGAUUUGUCCCCCGACGGCAGCUGCUCACCUCUGUCUGCUGUGCCACAGGCACUGGACUUUUCUCCAGAAAAGAGCAAUUUUACUUUUUCACAAAGUUUCACCACAGAAGUCACCCUGGACGGAGAGCAGCCCCCCGAAGCCGCAGCCCCCAGUGAGGCUCUCCUCGUGGAUUUCAAACUGGAUCAGCUCAGCCUCGCCGGGGAGGCUCUCGACACCGCCCUAGAUGGCCGCCCGCUCAUUGACUUCUGCGGGAGCCCUGAGGCAGUCGUGGCCCUGCGGUCUGGAAGCGGGCCCCUCGUCGACCUCCUGGCAAACACCCCAGAGGCAAACAGGAAGGCCGUGGCCAAGCCCCCCGACGAGGUGGGACAGCUCAUAGACUUGGCUUCCCCUCUGAUCCUGCUGAGCCCGGAGGCUGACAAGGAAAACACGGAGUCUCCGCUCCUCAAGUUCUGAGUGGAGUGAAGCAGUUCUUUGCGCUUCACCCAGUUACAGGAACAGUCCUAAAGUGGUACGCAACUGUCAGAGGUAAAUACUAGAAGAAUCUGUGCUGGAAAAGAUGUAAGACAAAACAGAAAGCAAGUAAAGUGACCGCGCCUGGAGCAGGCUGUGGGGUUGAGGGUGGUGCUUGGCCACCUGAGGCCACUGCAGGCCACCGGGCUCCGUCCUCCCGGCCCAGCUUGCGUGCUGGGUGCAGAGUGAAGAAUGGGUGCGCUCCAGAUGAGUCUGGAUUUUCUGCAUGUAAAAUAGCAAGUGACCAUCUUUAAAGUUAAGAUUGUAUGAAAAGUUAAAAAGAUUCUAGUUUAAGUUAAAUGGUAAAGUAAAUGAAAAUGGAUUAAACCACCUCUUGAUGUUUAA